AUGACGGGAAUCAUAUUGAAGCCUCUGCUAGUACUCCUCCUCACCACCUUCAUGAUCUUUACAACCACGGUAGACAUGGCUUCGGCGGCGGCGCUCGUCACAUUCGUGUUCGGCGAUUCGUUGACGGAAGUCGGAAACAACAACUAUCUUCAGUACUCCCUCGCGAAGUCGAAUUUUCCUUGGUAUGGAGUUGAUUAUCCUGGAAGCCAAGCUACCGGGAGGUUCACUAAUGGCAGAACUAUUGGUGAUAUAAUAUCUGAAAAGCUUGGGGUUUCAUCACCACCGGCAUAUCUUUCCUUAUCACCGAAUAAUGAUGCAAUCCUAAAGGGAGUUAAUUAUGCGUCUGGCGGAGCGGGAAUACUUAAUGACACAGGAUUAUACUUUAUUCAGAGAAUGACCUUUGAUGAUCAAAUACAAAAUUUCAACAAAACAAGAGAAGCUAUUAAGUCUAAAAUCGGAGUGGCCGCUGCCUCAAAGCUUUGCAAAGAAGCGAUGUACUUUAUUGGAAUUGGUAGCAAUGACUACGUAAACAAUUAUUUACAACCUUUUCUAGCAGACAGUCAGCAGUAUACACAUGACGAAUUCGUGGAGCUCUUAAUUUCAACCUUGGAUCAACAACUUUGGAGACUUUACAAACUUGAUGCCCGAAAAGUGGUUUUCCACGGUCUUGGUCCGCUCGGCUGCAUUCCUUCUCAAAGGGUUAAAUCCAAAACAGGCCAAUGCUUAACACGAGUGAACCAAUGGAUUCAAGAGUUCAACUCCAAAGUUAAAACUCUCGUCGCCUCUCUCAACUCGCGCCUCCCGAAUGCAAACCUAAUUUUUGCAGACACAUAUCCUGCGGUUUUCGACUUGAUUUCCAAUCCCACUGCCUACGGUUUUAAGAUCUCCAAUACGUCAUGUUGCAAUGUGGACACGAACAUAGGCGGGCUAUGCUUGCCGAAUUCAAAAUUGUGCAGAAACCGCAGAGAUUACGUUUUCUGGGACGCAUUCCACCCGUCGGAUGCAGCAAAUGUGGUGCUUGCUGAUAAGCUCUUCUCCACCCUCUUCUCUGAUAGUCCUUCAAUUGCACCCCAGCCUUCACCCUGACUAAUUAUGUUAAUAUACACACAAACAUAAAUUAUGGUGAUAACUAAUUGUAGUCCAAGAUAUGAAUGGCGAUUGUAAGACGUUAUGAUCAAUAAGGGAAAUAACCUACGAUUAUAGUUCUAUUGAUCUCAAAGAUGGCUCCUUCAACCUUUUAUAUCCUAACCAGAUUAUUGCAAAUUACCCUUAUUUUUGUAUUAAUAAGUAUUGGCAUAAAGUGAUACACCCUCAAUAUGCUGAAUAAUUUCUCAUGAAAGGAAGUUAUAAGAUCAUUCCCCAAGUUUAUUAUUAACUCUAACUGAAAAUAUGACAAAGUAAAAGAAAAAUCAUAAACGAAAAUCCAUAUCCCUUUUCUAGAAUUAUGCAUUAGUGUCGACUUGGCAUUCAAAUUGCCAUUAAGAUUGAAUCCAACAAGGGAAGCAAAAUCUACAUGCCCACAGAAAUAGAUUAACCAAAUAUGUUUUUGUAUUAGUUUUUCUUUCUAGUUAUUUUUUUUAAAUAACUAACUAUUUUGAAAAAAAAAAUGCAGAUCUAAACUAUCAAUAAUGUAUCAUUUGAAAUCAAUAAC